AUGCUUCGGUUGUUGGGUCACUGCCUGUGCUGCGGCAUGAAGCGGCCUUCUGGCACAGAGGUCAGAGAUGCAAACCGCAGGGCACUGGAGCGGACAGGCUCAGACCCCGUCCGUGUUGCCUGCCUGGGUGAUUCCAACACUGUUGGUGGAGGGCUCGGGAAGACCGGAGCCUAUCCGGCCCAGCUGCAGCGACAACUGGAUGAGCGUGCCGGAGCAGGCGUGUUUCUCGUCAAGCCCUUCGGUGUCAAUGGGGCAGUUGCUGUGGAUACACCAGGUAAGAAAUGCUAUGCGAGUCAGCAACGAUGCAAGGAUGCAAUUGGUUUUGCCCCUCACAUUGUCGUAGUCAUGCUUGGAACGAAUGAUGCCUGGCAUCGUGCCGGGGAGCCACAGAAGAUCGGCGAAAGCAUGAUGACCUUGCUCGACAGCCUCGAAAAGGUUAAAACUGCCAUGCCGUCGAGCAGAAAAUGUCGACCGUUUUUUCUGGUACUUUCUCCUGGUGCCAAGGCCGGACGCCUCAGAGACAAUUUGGCAAAGCACGUUCACCCAGAGCUGCGAAGGGUCGCGGAGACCAGAGUGGACACUACUUUGGUGGAUAUAUGCCUGCCGCCUUCUGGCUACCGUGCAGACGCCGUACACUUAUCCAAAGAUGGAGCCAAUGAAGUCGCGAGCGCCGUAGCCGCCUCCAUCCUCAAAGACAGCGGAGGAGUUUGA